AAAUGAACGACUCGUUCAAGAACGACCCAUCACUACUAAUAGUUGUGUGGUGAUUCUGUACAAUUGAGCUCAUGGAUGGAUAAACCCUGUCAAACGUUUAACAUCUACAAAUCAUCAUCAAAUCAUUCUGCUGCAGGUCUCCGUUAAUGCUAGCCAGGUAUGGCGCUGUGGAUUCAGGCACAGCAGCUGCAGGGAGAUGCCCUGCAUCAGAUGCAGUCUCUCUAUGGGCAGCACUUUCCCAUCGAGGUGCGCCACUACCUGGCGCAUUGGCUGGAGGCUCAGCCAUGGGAUGCCAUCGACCUGGAUAACCAGCAGGAAGAGUUUAAAGCAAAGCGUCUGCUGGAGGGUCUGAUCAAGGAGCUGCAGAGGAAGGCAGAACAUCAGAUGGGUGAAGAUGGUUUCCUGCUGAAGAUCAAACUGGGUCAUUAUGCCUCACAGCUGAAGAGCUCAUAUGACCCUUGCCCUCUGGAGCUUGUGCGGUGUGUCAAACACAUCCUGUACACUGAGGAGAGACUUGUAAAGGAAGCAUCCAACGCCAGCAGUCCGGGGUCAGGCCCGGUAGAUGGGACCCCUCAGAGAUAUCAGCAGAUCAACCAGACGUUUGAGGAGCUACGUGUUAUGACACACGACACAGAGAAUGACCUCCGCAAGCUACAGCACAGUCAAGAAUACUUCAUCAUUCAGUACCAGGAGAGCUUGAGGAUACAGGCUCAAGUGAGUAGUUUGGCCAGCCUUCCUCCAGUUGAGCGGGUUCAGAAAGAGUCAAGUCUGCAGAGCAGGAAGUCAACGCUAGAGACAUGGCUCACACGAGAGGCCAACACCUUACAGAAAUACAGACAGGAACUGGCAGAGAAGCAUCAGAGGACUCUAGCUCUGUUGAGGAAACAGCAAACCGUGAUCAUAGAUGAUGAACUUAUUCAGUGGAAGAGACGACAGCAGCUCGCAGGCAAUGGAGGACCAUCAGAGGGAGGACUGGACAUACUGCAAGCCUGGUGUGAGAAGUUGGCCGAUAUGAUUUGGCAAAACAGACAGCAGAUUCGCCGAGUUGAACACCUGACACAGCAGCUGCCCAUUCCCGGACCCAUAGAAGAAAUGCUUACUGAACUCAACGCUACUGUCACAGACAUUAUAUCAGCACUCGUCACCAGCACAUUCAUAAUUGAGAAACAGCCUCCUCAAGUGCUGAAGACUCAAACCAAAUUUUCGGCAACAGUUCGCUUACUGGUCGGAGGGAAGCUCAAUGUCCACAUGAAUCCUCCACAGGUUAAGGCCACCAUCAUCAGUGAACAGCAGGCCAAGGCCUUACUGAAGAACGAGAACACCCGCAAUGACAGCAGUGGAGAGAUUCUGAACAACAACUGUGUGAUGGAGUACCACCAAACCACUGGCACCCUGAGUGCACACUUCAGGACCAUGUCUCUGAAGCGUAUUAAGCGGUCAGACCGCCGCGGGGCAGAGUCAGUGACUGAAGAGAAGUUUACGGUUCUGUUUGAGUCUCAGUUCAGUGUGGGAGGCAAUGAACUUGUGUUUCAUGUGAAGACAUUAUCCCUACCUGUUGUUGUCAUCGUUCAUGGGAGUCAAGAUAAUAACGCUACAGCAACAGUACUGUGGGAUAAUGCUUUCUCUGAGACGGGUCGAGUGCCAUUCGUGGUGCCUGAAAAAGUUCUGUGGCCACAGCUGUGCGAGGCUUUGAACAUGAAAUAUAAAUCAGAGGUUCAGAGCGACAGAGGCCUGUCAGAAGACAAUCUGGUGUUUCUUGCUCAGAAAGCCUUCAGCAUAUCCAACAACAACCCUGAGGACUACUGCAACAUGGCCAUAACCUGGUCUCAGUUCAAUAGGGAAAGUUUGCCAGGCAGGAACUUCACAUUCUGGCAGUGGUUUGAUGGGGUCAUUGAGCUCAUGAAGAAACACCUGAAGUCUCACUGGAAUGAUGGAGCGAUUCUGGGUUUCCUGAACAAGCAGCAAGCUCAGGACAUGUUGAUGUCCAAACCAAAUGGUACGUUCCUUCUGCGCUUCAGUGACUCUGAGAUUGGAGGCAUCACCAUAGCAUGGGUCGCAGAAAACCCGAACAAAGCAGGAGAACGGAUGGUGUGGAACCUGAUGCCCUUCACUACUAAAGAUUUCUCUAUCCGCUCUCUGGCCGACCGGAUCAGUGAUCUGAAUCAUCUGCUCUUCCUCUAUCCCAAUCAGCCGAAAGAGGAAGUCUUCUCCCGUUACUGCACACCUCCAAACUCAAAAGCAGUGGGGGAUGGAUAUGUCAAACCAGAGAUCAAGCAGGUGGUGAAGGUUGAGUUUUCUUCACCCAAUCCUGAACCCUCUCCUGGAAAUUCCUUCAUGGAGCAUACAGCAUCACCCACUGUCAAUCAACACCAUAACUUCACAAUCUAUCCAUCAAUGAAUGACUCCAUGUUAGACACUGAAGGUGAAUUUGAUCUGGAUGAGACCAUGGACAUGGCCCGACAGGUGGAGGAGUUCCUGCGACACCCCAUGGAAACCCAGUGGAGUGGACAACAGUCAUGACCUUUAAGCUUGUGAUCCCUAAUGUGAACUACACAAAAACUCAAUGGUUCCAUUCCAUAUUUUUAUCUUAACAAAUGUGAAAUGUUGUUUAUCAAAACUGAUCAGUGGAUGUGUAACUGCCUUUGCAUUUUAUAUAUAGUUUAAUGUGUAAUUUUUUAUCAUUAACCAUUGAAGAACAAACAAUGGUCUGUAGUGUGCAAUGAUACUCUUCUGUUUGGCUGAAUAUGAGUAGCUACUUUACUAGACAGUGUUGGUUUGCCACUUUCAAUACCCUUUAUCUUGAUUGUUAUACUAGUCUUAUAAAAAUCUACUUUAUCAAAUCUUUUUCUAGUCAAACAGUUGGCUAAGACAUUGAGCUGACAGUAUUCAGUCUUCUCAAUUUGUUCAUCUCCAGUAAGGAUCCACUAUCUCAAUUUGUUUCUGCAGUUUUCUUCUCCUUUGGAGGUCCACUCUGUCGAAAACGCAUUCCGGGGGGUCCUCCUCAGUUGAAAUAGCGUUUCAAGGGUGGUGAGUGAGAGAUGGAUUUAACCUGCAGAUUAAAAAACAGCCCAAGAAAACAGUGUAAAAGGUUGCAUUGUCUAAUUUCUGCAACUAGUGGCACUACACAGAAUUGCAAAAAAUGCUGAAUGUAUUUAACAGGGUUUUCAAUCACCCUGUCUUGCAUUGUCUACCAAACAGGUAGUCCUGGCUGGUCUGAUAACUGUAGUUACAGAAUCCCAUGGCAUUGAAAAUUUAUCAAAUUUGUCAUGUCACCUCAGAAUAUCCAUGUGUUCUUAACCAUCCACACUUUAAGCUAUUAGCUUCUGAAGUUUAAUAGGCGAUUUAAAGAUUUGUUAUUGGGAAUGUUGUAUUUAAUGUAUGACCUAACAAUAGUUUGUUGAUCAUAGACAGCAUCUUCUCUGAUAAACAGGCGAUCAUGUAAUGGUGAUUGGGUCUGUAUGUUUGUUAACUUGAAAGGUGUCAAUCAGUUUAAUAAUUUAUUGGUCUCUGAACUGUCUAGCAUCUUGGCAAUUUUUGAUAAUCCUACUCCCUCCCACCCCAGAUACCUAAUUUUCCGUGAGCCAUUCUUCCUGUGCCUUAAACCGCUGAGGUUUGUCCAAUAGUUACUCCAAAGUCUAGUUCAUUUUUGGUAAUUUUUAAAUCCUCUCAGAUUAUAUACAUUGAUCUGAAAUUGUGACACUGCUUUCUUUUUUCCCAGUAAAGUCUCUUGAGUAAUCGGUGUAUUUGAGAGCCAAAAUUGCACAAGAUAUCAGUUGUUGUUUGUGAAGGUUUUUUUUUUUUUAUAUAUAUAUAUAUAUAUAUACCUCAUUGGUAAAUUAGUCUUUUAAACAUUUUAAGCUUUCUUGCCUGAAUAGCAAAUGACAAUGUUAAUAAAACAUGUCUUUAAAGGGCCAGUACCUUUUAAAAACAAAGUAAUGUAAAAUGUAAAAACUUCAUGCCAGUCAAGAUGAAGUUGUCCCCUCAAGAACAGAUCUCAGGAAAAUACACAUCAAAGAGUUUAUAAUUAACUAUGCAGACAUAAUUUUAUAUAUAUAUAAAAAAAAAAAAAUAUGUAUACAUAUAAAAUAGGUACAACUACCACAGUGCAUGCUUCCUGCUGCUGAUAAAAGUAAUAUACUGUUGCAAUGCAAAUAAAUUGUUUUUGAAUUAUCUUUAGAGCAACUGUAACUUGGUUUUAGAGUUUUUUCUAAUGUGAUGACUUGGCUUAAGCAUCUGUCUUUUCUUUUUCUCUAAAAUCUCCUUUUUUGAUUAUUAUUUGUACUUUUUCCUAUUGUGGGAAAUAACAUCUCAUUAUGUUCUAUAUGUAAGUGAUGAUGUCCAGUCAGCCUGUCAUUGUAACGUAACAUAGACGAGAGGUGAUCAGGACCCUGGCAGUGAGGUUAGAGUUUGUCCUGGAAUUGUAAAAUUCUUUUGGUGAUAGUAUUGAUUGACUGGCUCUAUGCCAACCAUUUUAUUACAUGGCUGCUUAACAAAUAAAUAUAUAAAUGCAUGUUUUGAUAAAUGUUUAUAGUAAAUGUUUUGAGUUGAAUGAUUGUAUCUUGAAAAGAGGGUGGAAAGAUGGCAAAUAGGUGUCACGGAUCAGUUGUUAUGGUCAGUUACAAAGUUGUCAUGGACAAUGGUAAUUUUACAGAAAUAUCUGACCACCAUUUUCAUCUGCAUAAUCAAUCAUGUUCAAACAUUGCUCAGAGCUAUAUAAUAAUUAUAAUCUAACUUAACUGGUUCUUCUAGGUGUGCUGAUGUUUUAAGAUGGGAUUUGCUUAACAAUACAUCACCAAUAAAGGACACUGAACUUGGGAAGCCCAGAGCAGUAUACUGCUUCAAAUGCCUAAUAAAAGAUUUUAAUUUGUCA